GCUUAGCGGUAACGUGAAAUCGGUGAUGUCGUUAGAUCAUUAAAAAGUUUUCAUAGUUGUACGCACUUAAGUAGAAAUUAUUUUCGAUAUUAUUACUUUUUAUUUGUAAUUUAUGUUGUCUCAGUGUUCAAUAGUAGUCACGGUGGGGUUUAAAAUUUUGUCUUGCGUUUAAUUUUUUGACACAUAGAGACGCCAUGUUUGUCACGUUUUUGCCAGUUGUGAAUAUAUUUAACCGAAAAUUCAAUUGUUAAUAGCACCAAAUUAUACAAGAGUGUAUAUAAAAGAAUAAAAAUGAGCGCAAGUUUUACCAUGAAUAAAGAGAAGAGAACCAAGUCGUCUGAUGAUGCCAAUAUUUCCUUUGUCAAGAAUGUGACAUCAAAGGUGACAGGAUUUUUGCCAUCUACUAUAACAAAAUGGUUCAGUAGUCCUAACUCUCCCAAUACUAAUGGAUCAGCACCCGUAACGGAAUCGACAGAUUCUUCAACCGAAGAUGAGGCUCCAGAAAGCCCAAUUACAACUCAGCCACCUGCUAAAAGAAUGCGAUACAAUUCCCCAGGAACUUCGAACACAUAUAUUCCAGCAGAAACAAAAAGUACAAGUACUAACACCGAUUCUAUUGCAACAUAUAGUGAAAUGCAGUCUCCUAUAAGCAGAAAUGUAUUUCGACCAGAAACCAAUUUUGUGUCGACCCAGCUAAAUUCACCAUCUCAAGAAUCUAUUAUCGAAACCAAAAAAGAGCCAUAUUUUUAUAAUUUGGAAUCUUCAAGCUUAAACGAAAACAAUUCCGUUUUAAAAAAACGAAAGUCCCUUUUUAACAUUAACCAUGAAGACAAUUAUGUAAGUAAUUCAACAAACAUGAGUCUAAGUGAACCACAAUUCAAAGCCAGUUAUCUUUCUGCUCCAUUUUAUACUAGACAGGCAAUAUAUGGUAGAGCAAUAAAUGCCUAUAUGAAUGAACCAAAUAUUAAACAAAGAAAGAGUACUUUUGUAACAAAUGAUAGCAAUAAUGACAAUGUUACUAUUAGUCACUCAGCCAGGCGUGUUUUAGAUUUGUUAGAAAAUUAUUCAUCUCCAUUAACUGAAGCUAAAAGAAUAUCUCAAUUCAUGAAAUCGUCUAGUAACUCUACUUUAGACAGUUCUAAAGCCAGCAGUAGCAAAGGACUUUCAUAUAAAACACAAGAACUUCAUGUGCCAAGCCUUGCAACAAUAUUAAGAAUCAAACAAAGGUCAAGACUAAUGGAUACAACUAGUGCUGCUCGUCAGUUAAUAGCAUCACACAGUAGCUCUACUGAUUUCAUAUCAUACCCAGCACCAACAAGUCCAAGCAAUACACUGAAAGAGACGAGUGAUAAGUUAACCACUAAAAUUAAGUCCAGAUUGACUAGAAUAAACAGAGAAGACAAAGCAGUGUAUGAAAACAAUGAACCUAUCAAUCUUCCUACUGCUGUUUUACAAAUUGAUAAAGAUAAUUUACCUAAGUUUUCCUUAGGCAUUUCUGCACCCAAACAAGUACCUAGUUCUUCAAUUGUUACUGCUACAGAUCUGCCAAAUUCUUUAUCUGUGGUUGUACCUACAGAGACAUCAAAUAGUGAUAAAAAAACUAAUGAAACAAAUGUGGAUAAAGGAGAAAAAGAAUUAAAAGCUUUAAAGAAUAAUAGCUACCAAUUUUCCAUUCCAGUCACUGUGUCUACUGAAACGGUCAAUACAUUUUCAAUGCCUUCAAAGUUUACAUUUGGUAGUCCAGAGAGAAGUAUCGAAAAAACAUUAGAUACAAAAACUGAUAAUACUCUCUCUAAAGUUCAUCGUCCAAUUAUAAAAGUAAAGACAGAUUUACUACCAAAAUCUGAUGAUUGGAAAUGUGAUGAUUGUUGGGUAUCUAAUAAACCCGAUUCUGCUACAUGUGUUUGCUGCGGAGGUAAAAAGCCUACAAAAAAUGCAGCAAAAAUUAAUAAAUGCUCAGUCUGUCAAGUAGUUUUGGAUAAAGAUUGUACAAAUAAAUGUGUUAAUUGUGAAAAAACAUCUAAUAACAAUGAAAACUUAAAACCCAUAUGUACAGAUCUAUCACAGUGGAAAUGUCAGGACUGCUGGGUCAAAAAUGAUGAAGGUGUAAAAAACUGUGUCUGUUGCGGUAGUAAAAAACCCAACUCGUUAGAUACAGUUGCAAACUCUAAACAUGAAAGUGUUGAAAGCGAUUGGAAAUGUGAGGUAUGUUUGAUUAAAAAUAAGAGCAGUGUAGAAACAUGUGCUGCAUGUAGUGAAGUAAAACCUAUUUCAAAAAAUAUUAGUACCAAAAUUGGUACUUGUCAACCUGAAACUACUGGUAAUGUUUCUUUGCUUAAAAAUAUUAUUAAAUCGCAAACCGAAAAGUGGGAGUGUGUAAAUUGCUUGGUGCGUAAUGACACCAAUGUGAGUAAAUGUGUUUGUUGUGAGACAGAAAAACCAGGAACCAUAAAAGAAUCCGAAAAGAAGAGUUUUAAUUUUGGUCUUAAUCCGAAUAUGUCAUUUAAAUUUGGUAUUGAUCCAAAACUUGCGGAAAAGAAAAUUGUUGAAUCUACACCAUUAACAUUAGCAGCAGCAGCAGCAACAGAAUCUGAGAACAACAAUAAUAUUUUGUCUACCACUUUUACUUUUGGAUUACCAAAAAAGAAACCAGAGGAUAAAAUCGACAAUCUGAAAGACACACCGGAUGAAAUUCCUAAGUCUACUUAUACAUUUGGAAUACCGAAACAAACGCAGAGUGCUGUAGAAUCUACAGCUAAAAAUGUUUUUAACAAUCCUGUCCUCGAAGGCAAAUUUCGCGUAGAUACACCAAAAUCACAAACUGUAGUAAACGAAGAACAGGAAGUGGCUAAAACUGAAGAAUCAAAAACGCCAGUGUCACAACCACUUCAACCAAUAGGUAUAUUUGCUGCAUCUGCACCAUCUGACACUCAAACCAAGACUGCUGACAUACCAGUGUCAAGUAUAAAUUCUGUUAAUAAUUUAGAGAAAAAUGAACCAUUGAAUCCUCCGCUCAUCCCUACAUUAAAAUCUUCGGAGGAAACUGUAGUGCCGAAAAGUACUUUUACCUUUUCUUCUAGUGGCGUAAAAGUAGCUUCAAACCUAUUCAGUCCGAAAGUAACAACUUCAACAACAACUUUAAAAGAAACACCAGUUUCCUCUUCUUCAAUAUCGUUUUUUCAAAAAAGUGAUCCGGUUUCUACGUCAUCCUUGUCGUUUUUUCAAAAAAGUGAACCAGCACCCACAUCACUAUCCAUGUUUAAUAAAACUGAGACUACAAUAACAACUACUGCAUUGCAGCCUGAAGUAUCUAACCCGCUAAUAUUCAGUUUUGGCAGUAAUAAUGUACCAAAUGUUCUGUCACAACCAGAGCAGCCGAAAUUCACCUUCACUUUUGGAAGCACAAAUAAACCUGAGAGUCCAUCUAUAUUCAAAGCACCUUUCGGUGCUGCUGUCGACAGUAGCAUCGGUACCAAUAACUUUACACUAACAAAUGCAAAUUCUAUGAGCACUGGUAAUGCUUUGUCUGGAAACACGCUUGGUGGCUUACCUGGUGCGAAUAAUAUGACUGGAAAUGUCUUAUCUGGAGGUAAUAAUGGAAUGUCAGCAGCAAACCCAAGUGGAUUAAUAGGUAACAACACUAUGGGAACUGGAAAUCCAUUAAGUGGACUCAUACCACCAAAUACAUUGUCUGAGGCCAACAACUUGUCUCAAACUAACAUUUCAUCUACAAUGCAAUCAGGUGGUUUAUUUGGCGCAGCAAUAAAGAAAGACGACAUGUGGUCUUCGAGUAACAAUACUUCCAAUAAUAUGUUUGUUUCAAAUGCCACAAAUAAUAAUGCACAAAAGCCCACUUUUAAUUUUGGUAGCUCAUCACCAUUUAAUUCUAACAAUGUCAAUCCUGCUCCUACCUUUGGAAGCCCAUCACAAUUGUCUCAAAAUUUGUUUGGGAUAUCAAACCAAAACAGUCAGCCAUCAAUGUUUUCGAACCAAAUUCAAAACUCUGGCCCACCGAAUAUGUUUGGAGCGUCACAGCCUGCCAGUAACUCUGUGCCGACAGUGGGUAUGUUUGGAACACCGAAUGCAGGAGUUACGACGAAUUUUGGUUCACCAAAUCCUAUUCCAACAUUUGAGGCAUCUUCAAUGAAUCCUACACCAGCAUUUAAUUUUGGAGCACAACAGACAACUGGGAUAUUUGGAUUUGGACAGCAGCAGCAACAACAGCAACCACAGCAGCAGCCACAUCCUGGCGGCGUCUACAACUUCGGUGCAACGCCCGCGGGGGCUGGGUCAACACAGGUUCAGUUUAAUAUGGGCAGCUCCCCAUACAUUUCUGGUCGACGUGUCAGGAAAGCAAUCCGUCGGACCACGCAGCGAUGAAUCACACAGACGGUCACCAUUUAGAAUCCAUUUGUAAUUAUGUAGCGGAAGACUUAAGUUUAUCUGAACCCUGUUAACUUACAAGAUAAACUUAAAGCAAAGAAUAUUGAUUAUUCUUGUUGUCAAUACAAAUUUCAGAUAUUAGAAUGUGUAAAUGUUGGAUAGUUGCAAGUUUGUGUAAUUACAUUAAAUAUGGUUGAAAAAACAGUUACAAAUACAAGAUUAUUUGCUGUAAGGUUUGAUAUUAAAAUUUAAUCAUGUAUUUCCAUCUUUUUGCUUUGUGAAAUGCUGACAUAAAUAAAGUGGAAUGAUUAAAUUUUUAUAUUCAAACAUGUGUAACAGUUGCAUAAGUUAUAUUAGGUAUAUUACUUACUUGAUAGUGAACAAGGUAUAGUUAAAGAUUUGUAUAAUUAAAAAUUGUAAAAUAUUACUGGAAGCAACUUUGGAAUUAUUAUUAAUAAAUUAAAUAACUAUGAAACUAUAGAGUGAAAAAAUUAUAAAGCCUAACUAUGCUAUUUUAGAUAACAAUUUUCUUGUCUUAUUUAUACAUUUUAAAAAGUAAUAGUUUUGAAUUAUGUAAAUGUGUUACACAAUAUAAUGUAGUAAAAGUUAUGUUGAAAAAUUAUCCAAUAAAAUAUUUCAUGCAAGUCUCAAUGUGAUUUAGUGCAGUGUUUCAAAGCGUUUACGAAUAUUUUCUUAAUACAUAAUAUUAAUUAACAACAUCUGUAAUGUAUUUAAGUGAAAUACCUAGUUUGCGUAAACUUCAAUUUAGUGGUCACAUUUUAAAUAUCAUAAUAUCAUUCACAAAUUAUAUAUAUUUCACAAUCUUCAUGUUUUUUAAACUUUGAAUAUUUUUCUUAAGAGAUGAGAAGAGGCCUUUGCCCAGCGGUGCGACAUGUACUAGCUGUUACUUAUACUUAUGUGUUUUUAAAUUUUUCUAACAUAGUCAACAUCUUAUUAACUAUUUUAACAGUCAGCUCUUUUAUCGCAAUUUUUGUAUCCUUAGCGUCUUCCGUGUUUUUUAUUUGAGUCUGGACUAUACCACGAUUUUUUAAAUUUUGCAAUUUUAAAUUUUUGCUUGAUAUUUUUAAUUUUAAUACUAACAAUUGUUGUUCACAUAAUAUGUCUAUGGACGACAUUUUGAACUUGACUGACUUAUACUGGAAGAUUUAAAACACCUGACAUUAUCAGCAUAUAUUAACCACUCAUAAAUUUUAUACAUUUAUUUUACUAUGAAAAUAAUUUUUUCUUAAAAUUAUUGACGUUAUCAUUUGUAAGCAAAAAUAAUACUAAAAUUAAUUAACAUACCACGUUUGCUAUAAUCCAGGUUUUAAAUUUUUUCUUGCCACUGAAAUCACUUAGCACUUAAUGUCAUUUAAUAAAAUUAUAUAUAAUAAUACAAGACGCCAAGACGUAAUCUUUCUCAACAGGAGUGGGCACUGAGGAUACAUUGUUAAUUAUAAUAGACAUUCUUAAACUGAAGUGUUAUCUAAAUGUUAAAUUAAAUUUCUCAAGACAAAUCAUAUGGUCAUUUUCAAAAUAGUUUUAGAAUUUAAAUUAUGUAUUUCUUUCGAAAUAUCUUUUUUUUUCUCUUGUAAAUAAUGUUUUUAAACAAUAUAGGAUCAAAAUAUGGUUGUCAAAGUUAUUGAUGUUGAUUUCACAAUAAAGUUAGAAAUAAAAAGUGCAUAAAGGAAGCAGGUCUUCAUUGUCUAUGACGCUAAAAUCGAUAGAGAAUUGUUUUUAUCUAAAUGUUUUAACUUUAUUUAUACAAGACAUACUUUUAAAGAAUUAUGGUACACUUUUAAUGCCUGUCAAGAUAAUUAAAUAGUUUUUACUGGAAAAAGUGUCAUUGUAUACAAAAAAAUACUUUAAAUAAUGUAACAGGCCUAUAUAGGCACUUAUUGUAUUGUAAAUUAUGUUUUGUUAAGAACCUUGAAAAUAGGAUAACUAACAGAUUAAAUGUAAACGCCUUGUAAUUUCUUAUUUAUAUAAGUAUAGUUAAAAGUCUAUCGUAUUUACAUAAAAACCCUUAUACUUAAAAAAUAAUGGGUGAAGCAAUUUAAUGCAAAAUGCAUAUAUUUCCAAGUGUGUAAUCCACGUAUUUUAUAAAAAGGGUAAUUAUAAAUCAUCACUUAAAUUGCCUUUAAAAUAUUAUUUAGACAGUCCAUUCCAAUCUGAUAUAUUAAUUCAGUAAAAUAUUUUGUUUAAUAACGUGACGCGUCUGUGUAAUUUGUGCUAGGAUUUAAUAAUAUUUCAUUUUGUAUGAAGUGAUAAUUUAAUUUAAUACCUUUCUCGUUUUUUAACUUACUGUUAUUUACUAUUCAUUAAAAUUGGGCAAUUUACGGUUACGAAUCGAUGUGAGUAAAACGUGGGUAUGUUAAAUUUACUUCAACGAGGGAAUAUUUCCGAUAACAUCUUAAUACAAGGGGUUCUAGCUGUAAUUAUAGUAUUAAAUAGAUAAGUUCUCUUCAAAAACUAUUUGUGUUAUUAAUUUUUAAUAAUCGGUUAGUUUUUUCGUUCGCUAAAUAAAUACGUAGCUGUUAUUUAUCAAAUUAUGGACAGUAUCAGCAACAUUUUAUUCACUUUCUGUUAUGAACAUUCAUAUAAAUAUUUCUUGCUGUUUUUAUAUUAGAUAAAUUUUAGUUGCAAUAAUUUAGUUAUAAUUUACAAAGUUCGAGGGCGUAUUUAAGGUACGAUAAGACUAUUUUUUAUUGUUGCGGUAAGUGGAAGGUUAUCUAAAUGCGUCCUACCUACCAUAAUAACCUUAAAAUAUGUAAUAGACUUAAACUGUAAUAUCAACAUUACAAUAAAGAUACAAUGAAAGUUGGGGAGCAAAACUAAAAUAUCUAUACAGUAAGUCGUGUCAUUGAUUUAAAAUGAAAUGUUUAUAAAGGAAAUUAAAUAAAUUGAUUAUCGUGUUUUUGAAUUCAAUGCCUUUAGAUUUGUUCCUCAAUACAAACGACCAUUUAA